CACACGACAUGUGCCAUGGAAUUCCUGGCGGAUGAACGGUCCACAUACUACCAGGAAACACAUGGCAGAGGAAUGGACGCGGCGGCGAAAAGGCAGGUACGCAUGGCGUGGACCCACCAGCUUAUCCCGUCCAUCGACGCGUGGGUAAGCAGGAAGCACGGGCAGGUCAACUUUUACCUGACUCAGCUCCUCAGUGGUCACGGCUGCUUCCGAAGCUACCUUCAUCGCUUCGGGCACGCGGACUCCGCAGAAUGCUCUUGGUGCGGGCACUACGUGGAGGAGGAUGCCGAGCAUGCGAUAUUUUCGUGUGCCUGGUUCGCAGCGCAGCGCCAGCGGCUAGAAGAAGCGCUGGGUGGAGCCGUAGUCAAGCAGAGCUUGGUGCCGUGCAUGCUCCUGUCCCCGGAAAACUGGGAGGCGACGAGCUGCUUCGCGGCGACCAUUAUGAGGGAACUGCGCGCUGUUGAGCACCAGACAAGAGUCCAGUUAGUCUAAACAAAGCCUGCACAUGUGUGAAGCAUUGCUUCACGGCCGUACCACACAUGUUGGGCUUGCAUAGUCUAACCUUUAAUAUAGUUUGCUUUAAGUAUAAAAUAAGUUGUAAAUACGAGCAAUUAAA